UGGUGCUUCAUGAAGAAUAUUUCCAGAUAUAUCACAGACAUUAAGCCUUUGCCUCCAAACAUAAAAGACAGACUGAUUAAAAUAAUGAGUACCCAGGGGCAGAUAACAGAUUCAAAUAUAAGUGAGAUUUUACAUCCUGAAGUCCAAACUCUAGAUCUACGGAGCUGUGAUAUUUCAGAUACUGCUCUCCUGCACCUGUGCAACUGCAGAAAGCUGAAGAAAUUAAAUUUAAGUUCCUCAAAAGAAAACAGAAUUUCCAUAACUUCAAAAGGAAUAAAAGCAGUGGCUUCCUCCUGUUCAUACCUGCAUGAAGCUUCUUUGAAAAGAUGCUGCAAUCUCACUGAUGAAGGAGUCCUUGCUCUUGCACGUAACUGCCGGCUACUAAAGAUAAUUGAUUUAGGUGGCUGUUUAGGUAUUACUGAUGUGUCCUUACAUGCAUUAGGAGAAAACUGCCCAUUUUUGCAGUGUGUUGAUUUCUCAGCUACGCAGGUGUCAGAUGAUGGGGUGGUUGCGCUUGUUAAUGGACCUUGUGCCAAGAAAUUAGAGGAGAUUCAUAUGGGACAUUGUGUGAAUCUGACUGAUGAAGCUGUAGAAGCUGUCCUCACUUGCUGUCCUCAGAUACGUAUAUUACUCUUCCAUGGAUGCCCCCUAAUAACAGAUCAUUCACGAGAAGUCCUGGAGCAAUUAGUAGGCCCAAACAAACUAAAGCAAGUGACUUGGACUGUUUAUUGA